AUGGACGCCCCAAUCGCUUCAUCUGCGCAGAGUCCAUCAACGGAUCAAAGCACGACAGGAUCUGCCACAGAUGCCGCCGAAGCAACCGCGAAAGAUAGACAAGUAGAAGCUUCUAAAAAGCGGUCCUCUCCAAACAGCCCCCCUCAGCCUGUCAAGAAGACGAAACACAUCGCCCUUUCGACUGAGAACCUUUCUAUCCUUGUGUUGAGCUACAAUAUUCGCUUCAGUGAGUAUUCGCGCAGGUGCACGUGA